AUGUCAAUGUCAGUUACUGAACCGGCCGGAGGUUGAAAUAUAACCGAAAUCGAAUCAAUAUUUUCGUUUUUUACCAAAAAUUAAAAGAAGAUUCAGAUUUAAUAUUUUAAAAGACUGUUGUUAAUUUUAAUUUUUGUGAUCGGCAUACACCAUGUAGUCAAGGCAGUGGACGUUUAUUACAAGAUAUAUUUAGUGCUAUGUAUCUUUAAAAUUAUAAAUAUGGCUAAGUGGAAAUUAAUUAGACAAAAUUGUGAACCUACAGACGAACUAGAGUUUUUAGAAGGCGAUGAAGUUAAAAUCGGCAGGGGUUUGACCAACACUGUUACUCUAUCUAGCAUAGUGGUAUCCAGAAAUCACUGUGUCAUUAAUUUUCAGAGUGAUAAGGCCAUCAUCACAGAUUUAAAAAGCUCUAAUGGAGUAUUUGUUGGAUUGAAGAGAAUCAGUCCAGACACCCCUUUUGAUUUAUUUGAUUUGGAUAUCAUUGGAUUAGGUUGGACUCCGGGAGCACCAUUAGCAUUAAUUCCUGACAAUGAAAAAUAUGUAUAUAAACUUGUCAAAGUAAAGUCACAUACACCUAUAUACAACAGGAUACAAUUCCAAAAUGAACUAGAUCUUGAGGAUGAUGUAGAAGGCUCUAUAAAGAAGUUACACAAUACAAAAAUUGAUGGAAAAUCCACUUCCAGUGGUAACUCGAAACAAGAUUUAAAAAGAAAGUUAAAUGGAGCGAAUGCUAAGCAACCAGGGAUUAAAAAAAUUAUCGAUAUUGUUAACUUAGAAAGUGAUUGCAUCAGUAUAUCAGAUAGUGACUUAGAAAUAUGCACAAAUGAAGUAAGCACAAAUAAAAAAACAAAAUUAGAGCCACUUAAUGAAAAUCUUAAAAUAAGUGAUAACCAUAUAAGUGCAGAAAAUGACGAAAUACAAUUUGAAGCUUACAAAGUUAAACAAGAGUAUUUAGGUUGUGAUGAUGAACCUAUUCAAAUAAGUAGUGAUGAUGACAGUGAGUCAGAGCAAUGGUUCCUACGACUGUCCCAAAGUUCACCAGGAAAGCCAUUUAUAAAAAUUGUUCAAAAUAGAGAUACAAAGCCAAAUGAUAAUUCAUACAGUCAAAUUGAUGACUUUAUGAUUUUAGAUUCAAACGAAGAUAAUUAUGAAUUAGAUGAAGAAAUUGGUGAUGAAGAUGAAAAGAUAAAUGUUCCUUCUGUUGAAACUCAUAAAGAUAAUUUCUAUGAAGAAUCACUUACUGCUAAAGUUGCAGAAAAAAGUAAAGUACACAAUACUGAAGCCAACAGCAAUAACAUAAACUUAAAACCUAAAAUAAAUAUUGAUGUUUUAAAUGUAAAUAAUGCAGCUGGGGUUAGUGAAAAUAAAGAUGAAACAGAUGGUACUAUUUUAUAUACAGGCAACUCCAAUCAGUCUACAUCAUACAAAUUGCCUCAGAAUAAUCAGGAAUUAAUAAAAAAAAUUAAAUUAAUUGAACCAGCUCACAGGGUUGCACAUGCAGCAGUGGUAUCAAAAAAAGAAAAUGUUAGUCAAAAAAGUAAAACAAUUAAGCAUAGCAGAUCACGAAAACAAGACUCUAGGAAAAAACACCAAGUAAAAAAACAAAUAAGUGAUGCACAAAAAGAAGAAAGGAAGCAAAAACUUAAAGAAAUUGCUUUAAAAGAAAAAGGAGAAAUUAAAACAACUACAGCCUCCUCAAUUAAUACCACAACUAUACCUCUGGCUGUUGCAAAAGUAACAACAUUUAACAGAGGUGUAUUUUUAACUGACAACGUUGAAUUAACUGGGGAUACUUCAAAGAAAACGAAUAAAAUUAAAGACACCGAUAAAUCAACCCGUAAAAGUACAGAAUCAAAGAAAGAAAAUCAACCUAAAAAAGAAGAAAGUGCAAAACAUUCAAAGAAACAUGAACAUUCGCACAUUAAAAGUAAGGUUGAAAACAAGAAAUAUAAUAGUAAAGAAAAAGAACAUGAUUCCAAAAUCAAAGACAAAUCAAAAUCCCCUCAAUUAACUGAUAAAUCUUGUGGUUCUGAUAAACCAAUAUCUGUUAAAUAUGUAGAACCAUUAAAGGGGAGUGGUGAAUCAAAAAGUGGUAAACCAUUUUCGAAAGUACUACCUAUGUCCUCAAAGUUGACUUCUGAAACAUCAGAUAAAAGGAUUAAGAAAAAAGUCAGUUUUAGUGACAAAGGGCCAGAAGUUCGUGUAUAUGAAAUUGAACCAGGCAAUAAAAUGAAGAGAACCAGUUUGAUAAAAUCAACCCUUUUGGAUGUACGACAUAUGCCAGCAUUUUCAUUGGAAAAGCAGAAAUUAAUGAAGAUUCUACGUUGGAAUGCAAACUGGCUGGAAGAGCAACUGUUCAAUAAUGAUCCUCCACCUAUAUUAGAUCAUAAUCAACCUUUGGUCAUACUCCAUUCAUUCACGGACCAUAACCAGUAUAAGCAAUUAAUUGGUGACCUUCUCCUUAUGGAGAUAUGGGAAUGUCUAACGCAAGGAUAUAAGAAAUUGCAAAAAGAAAAAACAGAAUUACAAAUGCAAAUAGAUUCAUUACCUCUAGUGCCACCUCAAGAGAGAUUUCAUGAAAUGUACAACAUGAGUGUUAAUCUUUCACUACCAACUAAAGCAAUGAAAUUAGUCCCAAGAGUCGGAGAAAUUCUAAUGAUAUCAUUUGGAAUAGACACCGCAAAAUGCAAUAGAUUGCUUUUUGUUAAUAAUGUAAGGUGCCUACCUUCACCCCCAAAUAAUGUAAACUCUUUCUUUGCAAUUUCUUUGUGUGGCAUGUAUUCGGAAAAGAUGGGCCAAUUACGAGUUGGCCAAACAUUGUUUGGCAAAAAUCUAGCUUAUAUAAAUAAGGAAUUAAUGCUUUUUGAAGCUAUGGAUUAUUUAGGCGGGUCACCACUUAGCGAAUCAAUUCUGAGACCGAGACCACAAUAUUUUAUUAGUUUAAAUAAACUGAAACCUGAAGAAUUGGAAUCUCAAUGGAUGGUUACCCUUAAUGCUAGUCAGAAGUUAGCAGUUUGUUCGUCUGUAAGAGCGGCGCUCGGUGACCGGCCUGGCAUACAAAUGGUGCAGGGACCGCCCGGCACAGGAAAAACGAGCGUUAUUUGCGCUAUAGUAAUGACAUAUUUCUAUAACGCGUCCGGCAGAAAAGAAUUGAACAGAGGAAAGAUUUUAAUUUGUGCCACAAGUAAUGCUGCAGUUGAUGAAUUGGUCCUUAGAUUGUUACACAUUAGAAAAGAUAUGCCUAAAGAGGAGAGGUUCCGCAUGGUGCGCGUGGGGAGGGCGGAAUCCAUGCACCCUCGUGCGCGUGACGUCAGCUCGCAGCAGCUGGCGCAGCGUGACGCCCUCAUGAGGGAGAAGCCCAACAACCCCGGCGUCGCUGAAGAGAUAUCGCACAUAGAAGCUAAGAUCAACAUGUUGCGGUCUCAAUUAGUAGAGCAAUCUGAUCCAUCUCGUGUCGCCUACUGUGAGACGCGCAUCGCGAACCUCAACAGCAGAAAAGCACUGUUGUGCGGUGACAAGGGCAGUGGGGGUGGGGGAGGGGGAGGGCGACCGGACCAUCUGCAGCACGUGGAGAAGCGCAUCAUUGAGGGCGCCGACAUCAUCCUCACCACGCUCUCCAGCGCUCAAAGCCACAAGAUGAAAAGUAUAAAGGGUCGUAUAGCGCUGUGUAUAGUGGACGAGGCGGGCCAGGCCAUAGAGCCGGAGACGUUGGUCCCGCUGACGCUCGACGUGACGCGUAUAACGCUCAUUGGAGACCCGCAGCAGCUGCCCGGAUUCAUCUGCUCACAGCGCGCUCGACAGCACGGCUUGGGCGAGAGUUUGUUCUCUCGUUUGUCCAACUGUACCGAGGACUGGUCAGACAACCCCGUGGUGCUCCUCAACGAGCAGUACCGCAUGCAUCCGGAGAUCGCUGACUACCCCAACAGGGCCUUCUACGGUGGCAAAAUUAAGACGAUGACCAACACACGUGUCGACCUCAAUAUACCACCAUACUGCAUUGUUAAUAUACCAAGUGGGGAUAAGGGACAAGGUCCGUCGGGAGUGAACGAGAUGGAGGCGUGGGGCGUGUCGCGGCUGGGCGUGGCGCUGCAGGCGGAGCUGCGCCCGCGCGCGCUCAGCCUCGCCAUCAUCACACCGUACUCCGCGCAGAGAGACGUCAUCAGGAACUACAUCACCGCGCUACAGGGACCGAACGAGAGUCAGGUGGAGGUGAACACGGUGGACAGCUUCCAGGGUCAGGAGCGCGAUGUGGUGGUGGUGUCUCUGGCGCGCAGCCGCGGCCUCGGCUUCCUCACUGACGCCGGCCGCAUGAAUGUGAUGCUGACGCGCGCAAAACAUGCCCUCCUCGUCUGUCUCAACACACAUGCCAUCAUGAGGAACGACCAGUGGCGCACUCUGGUGGAGGACGCGCAGCGACGCAGGCUGUACACGACACUGCCGAGUCGCGUGUGUCAACAAGCAGCUGUACACGUGUCACACGAACAUCUCCUCUCACACAUUACACACCUCAAACAACAAUAAAUGCUCUACAUCAUCAGCUCACUACACGUCCCCAUUGAGGAACUCGGAGCCUACCCCAAGUUAGG